AUGUUGGAGUGCCAGAACUGCGGCGCCACGGGCGACUCGUUCUUCAGCCAGAACUACUUCGGCGAGAUGGUGUGCGAGCUGUGCGGCACGCAGAGCUUCCUGCAGGCGCGCAACGAGACGCAGGACGUGGAGGACAUGGGCAUGGACUUCGUCACCGUGAUCAAGACGCUCAAGCGCCGUACGGUGCGCAAGAAGAAGCGCGACGCGGACGGCAACGUCAUCGAGGAGCCGCGCAGCAAGAGGCCCAAGAAGGAGAAGAAGGCGCGCGAGAACCCCAAGCUGCCGCCGCUGCUGGACUGCGUCGUGGCCACGCAGAUGGUGUUGGACGCCAUGGCGCGCGCGCUCGUGGAGCACGUGGGCGCCCACGUGUUCCCCGCGGACGAGUACCCGAACGCGGUCAAGGAGAUCUGGUUCAAGUUCCUGCACACGUGGGGCGUCAAGGGCUCCAAGCCGCUGCUGCGCUGCUACAACGAGUUCUUCCUGCACAUGACCAAGGAGGAGGCCGAGAAGGUGGACCCGGCAGUGACCUUGGACUUGCUGGAGCAGUGGGACGCCGAGUGGGAGAAGAAGAAAGAGAAGGAAGAGGAUGACGACGACGAAGAGGAGACGAAGGGGCAGGAUGAUGAUGAUGAUGAUGAUGAUGAAGAGGAGGAGGAGGAGCAAGAAGAGGAUGAAGAGGAUGAAGAAGAGGAUGAGGAGAGAAAGGGUCGCGGCAAAAAGAAGAGGAACAAGAAGAAAAACAAUAAGAAGACCAACAACAAGAAGAAAAAGAAGCAGAAGAACGCUGACGUCGAGAUCGACGGAGAGAGCAAGCCAAAGAAAAAGUAUAGCGGAUACAAAGCGAAGCGUGAUCGACGACAGGAUCUGCUCGCCAAUUUCACGACGGUGGACUUGCUAGGGAUACUGAUGCUCGCCUCCCGCGUGCUGAACCUCGGCGUGCUGCCGAGCGACUUUUCCGACUGGGUCAAGACCGGAGUGAUCCCCUUCCACAACGCGUUGGCCACUUGCUGCGCGGAUGCCCCCGAUGUGCGGGACUCGGUCAAGUUUAUCUCGCUGUUCUUCCAGUCGUUGAUGGUGCGCCACAGAGCAGAAGCCACUCACAUCGCCUACUCGGCCCGGAACCUGCAGUACCACAUGGGCUUGCGGCUUCCCCCCCUGAACGUGCCGCUAGCUGCCCACCGCAUUUGUGCUUCCAUGGGAUUCCCUGCAGAAGUAUUCCGCCACUUCCAGUGGAUCACAGGCUUCAUGAAUGUGACUGGGGACCAGCCUGAGCCGCCACUUUUGCUUCAGUUCGAGCCCAUGAGCAGACCCCGGCUCAGUCGUCCUACUGAGGAAGACAAAGCCAGAGUACAUGAGAUUAUUCACUCUGAGAUUGGCAUUGCGGCCCACCUAGUGGUGGCGGUGAAGAUGUGUGCGAAUUGGCACGAGUGGAUCUACGAGAAACAGCACAACGAAGAGGAGGAGGAAGAAAAGGGAGACGAUGACGAUGAUGAAGAGACGAAGCGCAAAGCCCCGCCCCUCGCCUCUAUUCACCAAGCUUGGGCUAUUCCCCGACGAGACCUCAAGGCAUUCACUCAGUUCGCUAGACAAGCGUUCGUGGACCCUGAUCGCCCUGGUGUCCCUGAAGAACUGGAGGAGCACGUUAGUCAUCUACGAAAUAUCGAGAAGACGGACGAGUUGUCCACUCCAGACCAGGGCAAGCUCAAGCAGAAUAGUAUCUACGCCUACCCUGCCAUCCACGUCGACGGGGUUUUAGCUGAGAGCGACGAGGCUAUUGAGAGGCGCGUGGAGUUUCUGCGCUCUCGAGAAACCAAUCCCGAUUCCGCGGACAGCGGCAACAACAACCACGACGGGUUCUUCUACCCUAACUACAACGGAGAUAAGCUGCGCACCGCAUUCCAUCCCGCGUACGAGAAUUUGCUAGAGCUGCUGUGUCGGAAGAUCAACGCUCCGAUUAAUUUCGUGGUCCCUCUGGUGGAUCAGCUUGACAAACGAGUGCGGCACUUGAUCUACCACUUCGAGCGGACGGAGACUACGUGCGCGCAGGCGAUCAAGGCGUGGGAGGCCAAGAACUCGGCCUCGGCGGAGGAAUCGGCUGUGAUCAAACUGUACUGCCAGAUGCCCCCCAUCGCGAAGCUCGACAACUCGCUCAACACCCUCAAGAACUGCGAGCAGUUGUCGUUGUCCACGAACGCUAUCGACCGCCUUAUUCCUCUGUCCGGGAUGAAGAAGCUGCGCAUCUUGUCACUCGGCCGGAACCAGAUCAAGAAAAUCGAGAAGCUGGACGAUGUCUCGGACACAUUGGAAGAGCUCUGGUUGUCGUACAACGUCAUCGCAACGCUGGACGGACUCUCGGGGCUCACGAAUCUCACGACGCUCUAUCUGUCCAACAACCUGGUCAAAAGUUGGGACGAACUCGACAAGCUGGCGAGUCUCCCCAAGCUACGCGAUGUUCUGUUCACCGGCAACCCCAUCUACGAAAACCUGAGCAAGGAAGAUGCACGACUCAACGUGCUCAAGCGGAUCCCCAAGGUGGCCAAGAUCGACGGCGAUAUGGUGAAGCAGACCGAACGUGACGCUGCGCUAGGCCAGUAA